AAUAAAUUUAUUUUUUAGUUUUUAAUAUUUUUUGGUUUUUAUUCACAGCAUAUAUAUAUAUUUUUUAUUUCCAGCAAUGUAAUAGAUGUUUCUGCAAUGAGCACCCAUCAUUUAGAACAGCAUGAAUAUUUAGAUAGGGCGCAUUUAUAUAAACAAAGAAUGAAUAAUGCUGCUCAAUAUUUUGAUCGUUCUUGCUUGAAAAACAGCUUAUUAACUGAUUUACCAGAUCCUGAAGAUUUAUUGUCAAAAGAGCCACCAUUACCAAAUGAUUUGAGAUUGAUAAACAAUGCUUCAGAUCAAGCUAUAAAUGCAUUAGGUGGAAUUAAAGUUGACCAUAAAGAAGAAUUAGUUGUUCAGUUUGGAAUUCCUUGAUUAUCAUUAAUAACAGAUUAUAUCAAUCAAAUACAUCUUCAAUAUCUGUUUACAAAAAGUUUCUUUGAUAAUUAUAACUGAUACAAAUAAGAUUAUUUCUUUAAAAAAAUCUAUUGUAUUCUUUUGAAAAGAAUUAUCAGAAUUCAAGUUUUUAUCAGAUUAAAAUUAUUGGAAGCAGCAGCAAGAUAAUGGAUGUAAAGACAGGUUUUAUUUUAAAUAUUCUUUUUUUAACUUUUUACAGAAUUUUUUAGUAUUAGUGAAUUUUAAUGUAUUAUUAUGUUUGUGUGUGGAUAUUUUAUUAAAAAAAAAAGAAAAGAAAAAAAAA